AUGCAAGGGCAGUUACCAUUCGCGAUUGUCUUGAUGGUGGCGAUCGCUAUUCUUGAUGUGCGCUGUUUUCGUUUCGUGCUCGAAUAUUCUGAAGUCAACCUUGGUGACGCGUUUGGUGCUCAUAUUUCUGCUCCAUUGUCGAGUUGCGGACACAAUGGUCAUGUGGCGGAGUCUCGGCAGACUCCCGCAGAAAUGCGCUGUGUGAACCGUAGCUCACGGGCACUGCACUAUACGGCCGUUUACCUUACUGGAUCAGAGCCCGGGACAACGGCCCCCCGGUGUGGUGCUAAAACACAGCGCGUAGGUGGACGCUGCAGGAUUAUGGACAAGAAGUCCGCCGCGGGAUUUUCCCUGUCGGCAGGCUCUUCCAAAGGAAAGACUUCCAGCAAGUCGAGCUCUGAUGCGGCUGCCAAAGCCGCCGCGGCGGCGGCUGCCGCACAAAACAACCAGGCCAUGUUCAACCAGAGUCUUUUCGGUCUGUUGGGGAAAGUGCCCUUUUCUCAAGACCUGUUCUAG